CGUGUGUGUGUUUUCUUUCUUUUUCCGGAUGUAGCAUCACAUGAACUGACUGUCAACAUGCAAGAUGGCCACGCAUCACAGGCAAAAUGCUGCUGGGCGGAGGAAAGUACAGGUUUCCUACGUGAUUAGAGACGAGGUGGAGAAGUACAAUCGCAAUGGAGUGAAUGCACUCCAGUUAGACCCUGCUCUGAACCGGCUCUUCACCGCGGGGAGAGACUCCAUCAUCCGAAUAUGGAGCGUCUACCAACAAAAACAGGACCCAUACAUUGCAUCUAUGGAGCACCACACUGACUGGGUUAAUGAUAUAGUUCUUUGCUGCAAUGGAAAAACAUUGAUAUCAGCUUCAUCAGAUACUACAGUGAAAGUGUGGAAUGCUCAUAAAGGAUUUUGUAUGUCGACGUUACGGACGCACAAGGACUACGUAAAAGCUUUAGCGUACGCUAAGGACAAGGAGCUUGUGGCGUCGGCCGGUCUGGACCGGCAGAUCUUCCUUUGGGAUGUGAACACACUGACGGCGCUCACCGCUUCCAACAACACGGUCACCACUUCGUCGCUGAGUGGGAACAAGGACUCCAUCUAUAGUCUUGCUAUGAACCAGAUGGGAACAGUUAUAGUCUCCGGAUCUACUGAAAAGGUUUUGAGAGUGUGGGACCCUCGAACGUGUGCAAAGCUUAUGAAGCUAAAAGGUCACACAGACAACGUCAAGUCGUUGCUCCUGAAUCGCGAUGGCACUCAGUGCCUGUCGGGGAGCUCGGACGGGACCAUCCGCUUGUGGUCGCUCGGCCAGCAGAGGUGCAUCGCCACGUACAGGGUACACGACGAAGGCGUCUGGGCCCUGCAGGUCAACGAGGCCUUCACACACGUUUACUCUGGAGGCAGGGACAAGAAGAUUUACUGCACGGACCUGAGAAACCCAGACAUCCGUGUGCUCAUCUGCGAGGAAAAGGCCCCGGUGCUCAAAAUGGAGCUGGACAGAUCUGCUGACCCACCUCCAGCGAUCUGGGUUUCCACCACCAAGUCAUCUGUGAAUAAAUGGUCACUAAAGGGAAUGCACAACUUCAGAUCAUCAGGGGAGUACGAUAACGACUGCACCACCCCUCUGACUCCACUGUGUACUCAGCCAGAACAAGUUAUUAAGGGAGGUGCCAGUAUAAUACAGUGCCACAUUUUGAAUGACAAGAGACACAUACUCACCAAAGACACCAACAACAAUGUGGCGUACUGGGAUGUGCUCAAGGCUUGCAAAGGAGAAGACUUGGGCAAAGUGGAAUUUGAUGAGGAGAUUAAAAAGCGGUUCAAGAUGGUGUACGUGCCAAACUGGUUCUCUGUCGAUCUGAAAACCGGAAUGCUCACAAUUACUCUGGAUGAGAGUGAUUGCUUUGCUGCUUGGGUGUCUGCAAAGGACGCUGGGUUUUCAAGUUCUGAUGGAUCUGAUCCAAAGUUGAACUUGGGCGGCUUGUUGCUCCAAGCUCUGCUGGAGUUCUGGCCCAGAACACGCAUCAACCCCAUGGACGAGGAAGAAAACGAGGUGAACCACGUGAACGGCGAGCAGGAGAACAGGGUGCAGAAAGGAAACGGAUAUUUUCAGGUCCCGCCUCACACGCCCGUCAUCUUCGGAGAAGCAGGAGGAAGAACUCUAUUUAGGCUGCUAUGUAGAGAUUCAGGCGGCGAGACUGAAUCCAUGCUGCUGAAUGAGACGGUCCCACAGUGGGUCAUUGAUAUAACUGUAGAUAAAAAUAUGCCUAAAUUCAACAAAAUCCCAUUCUACCUCCAGCCCCAUUCUUCUUCUGGUGCAAAGACUCUAAAAAAGUAAGUGGAUUCUAUCCACCCGAGUAGCAUUUAAGCCUUUGCUCCGUUGCUCCAGGUGAGGAAGGUGAUGGAGCACGUUUACGAGAAGAUCAUAAACCUGGACAACGAGUCGCAGACCACCAGCUCCUCGGCCAACGAUAAACCCGGAGAGCAGGAGAAGGAAGAAGACAUGGCGAUGCUCGCCGAGGAGAAGAUUGAGCUGAUGUGUCAAGACCAGGUUCUAGACCCCAACAUGGACCUGCGGACAGUUAAACAUUUUAUCUGGAAGAGUGGAGGGGACUUGACACUUCACUAUAGGCAGAAGUCGACAUGAAAUUUGUCAUUUUUACAAGCAGAACUCUUGUCAUUUGCCAAUCACCACCCACCUCCACCACGUAGUCCCCACUCGACCCCAUCGCGUGCUCCGGAGUCGCCGUGUCAGUGAGAAACCAGUGAGGGCAUAAUCCAUGGUGUAUCUAUCAUAGGGGAAGUGACCAGAACACUCCACCACAGCCAACACACUCCUGAGGGAACAGUACUGGUUGUUUCACACUUCAAGAAACAACCGGGUUUUUUUCCCCCCCUUCCCAAUUUCAGCUACUUGUUUUUCUGUUCCUCGGAUCUUUGCCUGUCUGGCAUCCUGAAGCGACUGACGUUAGUCCGUGUUUGAGUGUGUAUGGAUGUAGUAGACUGUUGGCUCUAGUACAUUCCAGAAACUCUUCCCCGUUUUACACACUCUGCACCCGUCCUCCGCCGUCAGGACUACGCCUGGUUUCGGACUUGAAACAAAUCCUCAUCCGCUUCCUUCACUUUGAACUCACCCACCGACUCAGACGCCUAAUCGUUGCAGAACCUCACUCUGUCUUCGUCUUUUGUUUUUAGCUGUGCUGUUCUCCACGAAUGAAUGUUUUGUUCUUGUUUUUUUUUUCCUGUAAAUAUAUUUGCAAUUUAUGGGGGGAAGCGGGGGGUUAGAUGAGUUUUGGGUUUAGCAACAGGGUUUUUUUUUUCUGUACAGAUUCUGUAAAAAAAAACAAUACUUUUUUUUUCUUAAAUUGCCAGAGCACAUUGGUCAUCAUGAAAGUAACUUAACUUGAUUUUUAAGAGUUGCAUUCACAGCAACGCAGUUUACCCCGACAAAUGUUAGGGGUUUUAUUUUUUCCAAGUCACUUUAGGAAUUGGAAACAAGUAUAAGGUGUAUAUCUUAAUAACUCAAGCAGUGAUUUUGAUGGCAGUGAGGACUGUUCUUUGUGUACAUGUCAUUUAGAUUUACUAAGAGUAACUAUAACUUGAAGGGGAUCUCAAUAGAAGAGGAUUAGGAGCAUCCAACCACUGUGGGAAACUCACCAAAGUGAAAUAAACGCUAACGGCUACGUCUCUCUUGGAGAUCUCGGAGCAGAGAUCUUUUCACUGUAAAUCUUCUGGAGUUAAUUUUGCCAUGACACAUGUGUGCGUGUGCGUGCGUGUGUGUUUGUAACGCCAUAAAGGAAAAACACAUGGAGCAAGCUCUGAUUGGCCAAAACAAGAAAACCUGGAGAGAGAAAAAAAAAAGAUAGGAAAUGUACCUCAAUUAGGCCAUACUACUGCAAUAUUCCUUGUAAUAAUUUGUGAAAUAUGUAUAUUUUAGGCAUUCGAAGAAAUAAAUUGGAAUGACAGAUCUAUAGGGAUGACAAAUGGAUGUUUGUUGGGCUGUAAUGUGAUCAGCUGAUGAGUGUGGAAUAAAAACAAGGGACACUUUCUUUUAAAUCGAUUGUUUAACAAUCAGCUCACCCGUUUCACAUUCAUCAUGCAUUCAUUCCUGACUAAAGUACCUAAAAACAUCAACCAUUACAUGAUGGCACCUAAUUUAAUGAAAAAUAUUCGGCCUCAUCACAAAGAGAGCAGAGAAAAUAGAAGAGUAGUUAAAUAAUCUCAGACUUCUACUUACAAAAGCUUUUCUCAUCAAAAAUACAUUAGUAAUUAACAUUUUUUUUUUUUUUUGCAUAGACUACAUAAGUAAGUAACAACACAGAUCAGAGAUAUUUUUUUGGGUCUGAUUUCAGAUUAUUUUGUAAAGCGUCGACCUGACAGUACAGACUUAAGGACCAUAAUCAACAGGCUUCAGUAUAUCUUUGUUUUGAUUGGUCAAUGAUGGUAUGAGUAGCAGGGCGAAAGAUAAAGUGACAUGCUUCAAAUUUAAAAUAAAGACAAAAUCACUGAUUUAAUCCACUGACCCUGAAAAGGUCAGAUCUCAAGUCUUCCUCACUCUGUAACGACGUCCACACUGCAGAGUGUUGUUUAUGCAAUCUGCAAGUGAUAUGGCAUGGCGUGUUCACCCAAAAAAUAUCAAAGAUUUUUGAGUUGAUAGCUAAUUUGUCAGUGCAUCUCUUUUUAAUACAAACAUGGGCAGACAGCUAGCUACACAUGAAUAAAACUCUCCAAAAGCUAUGCAGCCGAAAAACGGCAAUUACAAUAAUUAAAACUAAAGACUUUGCUAAAAACACACCAACCUUAUCAGGGCUGGUGUGAAACAUUUUCUAAAUAUUACAACAACAAAAACAUCUCAAACAUUGCUAUAAUAAAAGCCCUUUAAGUUCCAAUCAACGACCACGACAAAGUGUCCCACGUCCAAUGUUUAAAGCUGAGUAAUCACUAUGUAAACAACGCUAGGAGAGAUGGAACAUUGCUCCAGUAGGACAACUGUGACCUAUUUUACCAGCCAGCAGUCUAGUAGUGUCAGAGAAGUUCGUAGUGUUGGAGACGUGAAGGUGCAGCUGUGCUUUGCAGUAGUCGAUCCGUUUGCCUUUGGAACUAUUCAAGUACUCGUCUCUUUAGUGCGCUGGAAGCAACGUUUGAAAAACCCGCGUCCACUAAUUUCCCACCAAACAAGUAAAUAAACCUUAUGCUAAAAAAAAAAAAAUUAAAGUAAUCAGUAACUUCAUUUUGUAGUUGUACCUGUAGAUUUCACCCUUCUCUCAUGUUAAAGUCUCAGCUAGCUCCUGUUGUGCAACAAUCUGGAGUAACUUUGUCAGUCUUACUUCCUACAGGCAUCGCUGGAAAAGUAUUUCUCUGUUUUUCAGAUAAGCUGAUGAAAUACAAAAAGUAGGGCUGGGCAAUUUAGCUUGAUAAAAAAAAAUAAGUUUUUUCCAUACAGGAUCUGAUUUUAGUCUAUUUUUUUCAAAAAAAAACUU